UGAAGGUUAGUCCUUUGGGUUGGAAUGGUGUGGAAACAUUGAUAUUUCUAAUUUAUCACCGAAACCAAAAGCUAAACAUCGAGUUUGCUCAUCAUCAUGAUGAGAAAAGCAAAUAUCUUCAUUAUAUUGUCGUUAUUGUUUGGUCAAUGGACACCAACAAAAGGAAUCCCAACAAUAUCUCAUGCGGAGCACGUGCCAUCGUGGACCACGAAAGUUUUUAAUUUUAUACUUUCGGGAAUUACAGAAGAAGUAACUUCCAAGUUAUUCGACACCUGUUCAUCAGCAUCAUCCUUUGGGGGAGCGAUUUUCAAAAAAGUAAGCACACACCUGUAUGAAACCGAUGAUGGUCUCGAGUCAGCGUCAGAUGCUUUGGCUAUUCAACAUGCGAGUCACCAAAAUCCGAGCUAUAAUGUUACUCAAGUAACGAAGUUCAAAGACACAGUGUACAAAUUAAUGCAAUCAACAGAAGCUGUCGAAGAUAUUUAUCUGCAAUUCGUUCGUCAAUUGCCACUGAUGUCUGACGAUAAACUGUGCGGUUUCAUAACUGAUUCACUAUAUGGCCCCAAAGGAUUGAUGUCACAUGUUCAGAAUAAAGGUGGUUCAAUUUCGCUCGUUACGGAAACUACGCUGAAGACAUUAGAAUCUGUAGUUCAGGGCUUCCAAGACCCGGGACAUAAAGCAUGCGGUAAUGGGCAUUCGCCAUUAGAGUAUAUUCAUAGCAUUUUCCAUGCGAUGCUCAAAAGUGAAAGCAAGGCAUUAAUAAUGCUGACAUACGUACAACGUUUUUCAUCCCUAUUCGGACAGGCGGGCAAGAGCUGUGGAAUCGGAAAAAGGCUGGGAGAUGUAAAAUUGGAUAAGUUAAGGAGUAAUUUUGAAAGUAAUAUCGAGAGCUAUCAUAAGAUAUUCAUCCCCAAAAUGGAGGGUUUGUCAAGAGAUUUUCGCACUUGCGAUCAAGACGAGGACUUUAUGAGAUAUGAAACUUUUUUGGAAUUAGAGGGCCUGUACCAAGGAAUUUUGCUACCGCCUCGUAGUCUAGGUAUUGGUAACCCGGAGUCUGACAAGUCCUGCGAAUCAGUUGAUACCAUAUCCGGUAACUCCAAAUAUUAUUGCGAUAGCAAAUCCCAUUUUUGUCUCGUCCCUGAACAUCAUCGAUGCUACGGACGUAUUUGGCAAUGCAAAAGUUAUGAGCGAAUAGAUGCAUGUCAGGAUAAACACGGACCACGACGAUACCGCUGGGUUUUCCUCAAUCAACACAGACAACGAGAAAGAAUAUUCGACUGUCCUGACGAUGAAAGAAUAACUUUACUUACCGAGGACAAGAAACAGCCAUGCUUAUGUCAAUGUUUGGAAAAUACGGUUGAUUCUAUGUCAACACAUUUAAUUAGUUUACAACCUGUUGAAUCCGAUGUUGAAAACAAUAUGGUAAUAACGGGAAUAAAAUUCGUAAUAAAACAUGGCAUCUUGCAAUUUCAAAUUCAACAAGGAGAAUUAAAACCGCAUUGGAAUAUUGAUACGGCUGAAUGGAAACCCAUUAAUGACAUUGGAGAAGAGAUACGUGCAGCAAGAUUAGGGAUUAAUUAUAAUGGAAAGCCUCCUAAAGUCAAGGAAAAUGAAGAUUUUCUGGUCAUCAAAUUGGGCGAAAAUAAUGGAAUUAAUUUCGAUGAGCUGGAAGUACCUUUUGGAUAUGUACUGACUGGAGUCAAAUUUAUUUUGGCGGAUAAGAAGAAGGAGAAAUCGCCCAAGAGAGUGGAAAUUGCUUUGAUCGCAACCCGACUCCAUCGUAGUACUGGUACAUUAUGUCUUGACUGCCGAAAGAGAACGGUUAAGUCUAAUGUCGUGCAUGACCAAGAAUAUAAGCUGAAAACCGAUCUGGACCCUCAUUUUCCAACAUUCCCUGAUUCUGGCAAAAAUCAGUAUGUUCUCAUUCAGUCAUCAACUGUGAAAAAGGAAGGGGCUCAAACCACUCUACCCCUGUUUGACGCUGUACCCCUUGUAACUAACCCACCAACUCCAGUGAGUGGAUUGGGUAUUUUUCAGAAGACUCCUGUAAAAGGUGACUUUACUGGAUUUGUCGCAUUGAAGUUCUUGUCACUUGAUUAUGUCCAAUAUAUGAAAAAUUCAAUGGUUGGUGCAGACCGAUGCGUUACCGUAUCUAAGCCACGUCGGAAUUAAUUAAUAAAUAAAAUCGUUGUGGAUAAUAAUGUAUUGUUUGCCACAUAAGAUAAUCAAAUACAAGUGAAAUAAAAGACAUGAGAAUUUGAAUUGAA